AAUAAGUUCCCCUUAGUCAAAACACGGAAAUGGUGAAGAAAGUAAAUUCAUAAAUGUUUAUUUUUUUUGGAAACAUUGACAAAGUUUACGAAAUUUGUACAAAGAAAAAUGUUUUCUUUUUAAAUCGUCUGAUGUCCGUGACGACCACAAGAAUGAAGUCGAAGUGGAAAUCCAUAAUGAAUAAAGAAGUUAUUGAAGAGAGCUUCUGCUGUUGUUCUUGCAGUCUGGUUCCUAGUUGGAAUGGUCUGUUAUCACCAAGAUGUUCUGGAAUCCUUUUGAUGUCUCCAAAGUCAGGUUAUUCCAUGUAAUAUAACAGUCGGUAUGGAUGUUACUAUUAGAGAAUGGUAUGCGUCAUACUACGUAGACGAAAAACGAAAGUGGAUUUACGGAACUCUGCAUUUGCAGCCUUUUUCUUUGACAUUCGUUGAAGAAGCAGAACGGAAAACAUUGAACCAGGAUCUUGUUAUAAACCUUUUCGAUGUGUGCAGUUUGAGGAAAACCACCAGUUCUUUGAUUUUUAAAGCAAUCACUAUAACCACUAAAGCAAGCAGCAAUUAUUGGUUGUCCUCGUUCUUAGAUCGAGAGUGUGUAUUUAGUGCUAUGAGUUACUUUUGGCGGAAUGCCCUUCUACAUACUGAAACGAAAAAUGCAUCUAGGACUCCAUCGGUUCCCGAUAGCGAGAGGACAAAGCUUGGUUCUGCGUUGUUGCAAAGGGCUCUGGACUCGGAAAGGACUCUAAAAACUACCGCUGUCAAACUGGACCAACAAGGGGAGCAGAUCGAGCAUUCGAUAGACAAUCUGCAGGAUCUACACGAGGAUCUCGACGUGGCUGACAAGCUGGUGUCGGGCCUCGAGAAGUGGCUGGGUGCCUGGAAGCUGCCCAAAACGUACACGACGUUGGACCCGGUGCUGAUAAAGGACAAGGAUGUUCCCGACGUCUACGACUACGAGGUCUUGUACACACAGAUGGACAGCAGCCAGUACCAGCAGCAGAGUCUGCGCGUGACACGGAUUUCUAGGAGCGGCGUCACUAUCCUGGACAUGAAACAGAACAUACUUUCCAAUACCUCGUGGCACAAUAUCUCCGUGGUCACCAUGGUGACACCGUGGGAGAUGAUCUUCACGCAGUACCAGAUUGGCCGACCAGACGUCAAAUUCUCCAUCGUGUCGUCUGCUCUUCCCCACAUCGUGAAAAAGAUCGAAAGAUUUGCGAGUAAGAAACUCGAUUUCGACGACAGCGUCCAAGCACGCCUUGAACAGGAUAGAUCUCAUCCAAGAGUUGCUCGAUUCCCAGCCCGUUUUACCAGAAAGCCGGAAUGCCACGGUUCACAACCGUCAGUGGCAAUGUACACUAACCCUUCAGAAAGCAGCCUUGACCUUGGUGACCAGGCGAGGAAGACGAACGAGGUAAUCAGUGAUGCUGAAGUGAGCGAACUCCAGACAACGUUAAGCAACCUGAAAGCUAUUGCGUUAGCUGUCCGUAACGAAGAAGAGGCGCAGCGAGACAGACUCGAGUUUCUCACCGGCUCAGUGGACAGGGCAAACGACAGAAUAAAGGCGACUACACACCGAACCAAUAAACUUUUAUAGUAUAAUAAUAAUUAUUACACACCCGUUGGUGAGAACAGCAUGCAUUAUUUUUGUUAACACAGUUUCAAGACGUACAACGGACUGCUCCUAUAGGUGAUGACCUGGGCCCGGUUUAACGAAGCUAUCUUAGCACUAAGAUCACUUUAGUGCACAAGGUAACUAUGGACUUAAGGUGAUCUUAAGGCUAAGAUCGCUUUGUGGAACGGGGCCCAGGUCACCAGUGACAUGCAGCCAAUGAAAAACAACACGGUGGAAAUAGAUUACACUGUGACGUAUAGUUAACCUGAU